CAAACCCACCCUGCAACUUCCUUCGACAAAACACACCCCCCGACUUCUGCCACGUCGCGACGCUCCUACAACCCGGCUCGACACCGGACUCGAGGCGCUCGUUGAUCGCGAGGUCCUUCUUAUCAACCCCCUCAAAUGCGGAACCUCGCUCGGCUCGUCACUCAGGAGGCGCCCGCGCAGGCAAGGCAGCAGCAACAGCAGGAAUAAUGUACCACCUCGCCAAGGGCCUGUACCUGUACGCGACGAGCAAAGAAGAGUACUCCGUCAUCCUCCUCGGCCUCGACAAUGCCGGCAAGACGACCUUCCACGAGCAGGUCAAGUCGCUCUUCCUGCCCCACGCGCCCGAGCCGAAGCUCAAGACGGUCCCGACCGUCGGGCAGAACGUCUCCACCAUCACCCUGCCCGACAUGUACCUCAAGCUCUGGGACGUGGGCGGCCAGCUCUCCCUGCGCAGGCUGUGGCAGAGCUACUACGCCAGCUGCCACGCCAUCGUCUUCAUCAUCGACAGCACCGACAUCGGCGACGGCACCCUCGAGCACGAGAACAGCGGCCGCCUCGAGGAGUGCCGCCUCGUCCUCGAGGACGUGUUGCAGAACUCGGAGACGGAGGGCGUCCCGCUGCUGAUACUCGCCAACAAGCAGGACAGGGAGGACUGCGUCGAGACGAUCCGUAUCAAGGAGGGGCUCGUCAAGAAGGUCAUGGAGGGAGACAAGGCUGGCAGCAUCCGCGACUCGAGGGUCUUGGCCAUGAGCGCCCUCACCGGCGACGGCGUUAGAGAGGCCGUCGAAUGGGUGCGGUCGAGGGUCCAAUGGAACAAGGAGUCCCGGCCCCCCGUCAUGCGGUAGCUGCAGCGGCAAGGCCUCCGUUGCGAUACGAUGAAGCGUUGGGACGAUAUGAACGAGCUACGACUGUGUGUGUAUUAGGAAGGGGGGGCGGGGGGCAGCGAAGAGCGGGCAUUCCGGUGCAUGUCCAUUUUGGCACGGCGUCUUGGAUCAACUGAUAGAUACAUAUUGGACUCGUCACAUUGCGUGGCUGGCACGAGGCACCUCUUGCACGGGUUCCGUCGGGGUUUGCUGCCGCCAGCCAGGAUAGCGUUUUGUUUGGGGGUAUCAUCAUGCCUCAUUUUUGUUCUACCG